AGGGGGCGUGUCUUGUUGCGGGCAGGUCACGUGGAUGGCGGGAGGCGCGUGGCUCGCGCUCGUGUGCGCGGCGUUCGCUGCUGCGCUGUGGCCAGCGGUGAUUGUGGUGGGUGACCGCCCUACCACGCCAACGCUACCCCCGAAUACUCGGGCUACCUCGGCGCACCAACACACUUACGCACACACUACCAUCAUACAACAACACCAUUCCCCACAAAACCCGAACUUUCAAUUUACCCCUUCAUCUAGAUUUGCUAACACACACCAAAACACUAAACCAAACACGUACAUUACCAUAAUAAGCCAACAACAUAAUACCGGACCAAUUAUGCCACACAAUCCUAACACUCUCAUGCGCAGCAACACAAAAUCUACCAUCACACCUCAACUCACUAAUGCACAGAAACACACUAAUCCAAACACACGUACUACUAUUAUACACCAACAACCGAACACACAUCCUAUUACACCACAACUUACUAUCACACAUGGUACUCUGGCACCCCUACAGCCUGAAACCCAGGAUACCAUCUCACAUGCACACACUACCAUCAUACAACACCCUAACAUACACCCUAUUACCCCGCAACUCAUGGAUACACAUGGCACUGUCACACCUCUGCACCCUAAUACACAAACUACAAUCUCAAAUCAACACCUUAAUUCUGACACAAACUCUACCAUCACACCACAACUCACAAAUAUAGAUGCCAAUAGCUCCGACCAGCAUCUGAACGAAACUACACAUCAACAUCCAAACACACAAACUGAAAUCACAAACCAACACACUGGCACGCAUACUGAUAUUACGCUCCAUCACCCAUCUGCAGUUUCCGUGACGACGGGUAGUGUGUCUAUAACUCUCGAUUUUUUCGCUUCCCCGGACGGAUUACCUGUGCAUUCCCAUUCUCAACAUUCCCAGCCAGAUUCAAGGAAUUCCCAGCCAGAUUCAAGGGAUUCCCAGCCAGAUUCAAGGGAUUCCCAGCCAGAUUCAAGGGAUUCCCAGCCAGAUUCAAAGGAUUCCCAUCCAGAUUCAAGGGAUUCCCAGCCAGAUUCAAGGGAUUCCCAGCCAGAUUCAAGGGAUUCCCAGCCAGAUUCAAGGGAUUCCCAGCCAGAUUCAAGGGAUUCCCAGCCAGAUUCAAAGGAUUCCCAGCCAGUUUCAAGGGAUUCCCAGCCAGAUUCAAGGGAUUCCCAGCCAGAUUCAAGGGAUUCCCAGCCAGAUUCAAGGGAUUCCCAGCCAGUUUCAAGGGAUUCCCAGCCAGAUUCAAAGGAUUCCCAGCCAGAUUCAAGGGAUUCCCAGCCAGAUUCAAGGGAUUCCCAGCCAGAUUCAAGGGAUUCCCAGCCAGAUUCAAGGGAUUCCCAGCCAGAUUCAAGGGAUUCCCAGCCAGAUUCAAGGGAUUCCCAGCCAGGAGUCAGGGUUUCCUACCUCAAUUUAAAUUAUUCCCAAACAGACCCAUCAAAUUCACAGCUUCAUUUUGGAAAGAUUGAGUCUGAUUUAAGAAAUUCCCAACAAAAUGUCAAUUAUUCCCAGAUGGAUAUCCCAAAUUCACAACCACCUUUAGUACAUUUCCAUCCAGGCAUAUCAAAUUCCCAACCAGAGUUGAAAAGUUCUCCACUCGAAUCUUCAAAUUCCCAACACGAUUUGAGAAAUUUCAAACCAGAAUCAUCGCAUUCCCAAUCAGAUAUCACAAAUCCUCAUCUGGGUUCUCCAAAUUCUCGACCCCAUGCAGCAACUUCUCAACCAGAUUUUAGAAAAACAAAUUCGCAACCAAGUGCAAUAAUUUCCAGUUUGGAUGUCCCACAUUCUCCACCGGCCUUGGGAGUUUCCUCCCCAGGUCUUGGGGUUUCGGAAUCUUCCAUCAAGAAUUCUGAGUGGGACUUGCAGCCUUCCCGAGGGAUUGGUGUCCAGUGGCUAAUGGGCAAUGGAAGAUCGUGGGGGCCCAAUGGGGAAGAGAGGGCCGCCAUUGUGAAUCCACACACACUGCCAACGGCUGGCAUCAGCAGAGAUAUCCGUGAAGAUGUUAAUAGGGGACUCGGUGAUAUCAAUAGAGACGUGAGUAGUGAUAGCAGUGAUGGAAAUGGGAGUAGAAAUAUCAAUAGACAAAGCACCAGUAAUAUCAGCGUGGGUAAUAGUGGUAAUAAUGAAACCGAUGGAGCCAUCAAUAGUGAUAUCAAUAGAGGUAAUAUAAAUAGAGAAGCCAGGAGACUGAGUGAUAGCGCAAAACAAAAUGGUAGUGAAAGCAAUAGCGAUAGUAAUAGUGAUAAUGGUAGCAAUAAUAGCAGUAGCGACAGUGAUAGUCACACUAUCAGGAGCAGCACCAGUGGCAGCAGCAACAGUGAUACCAGUAUUUAUAGCAGCAGCAGUGAUGGCAAUACAGGAAGCAUCGCCAGCAUCAUCGGUAAUAGUGGUAGUGAUGGCGGCAUCACCAGCAUCAGCAGCAUUAUGAACAGUUAUGGCGAACUUGGCAUUGGCAGGAUCAGCGAUAGCACUGAGGAAGACAGCAGAAGUAGCAUCCGUAUUGGGAGCAGCGGCAAUGAUGGGAACAGUGAAGACAGCAGCGAUAGCAGCACCAGUGAUAGAUUCCCCACCAGCAUGAGUAAUAGUAGCAUCAGCAGCGAUGGAAUUCCCACCAGCACAAGUGAUAGCAUCAGCAGUGAUAGCAUUAGCGCAAGUGAUAGCAUUGUCACCAGCACCAGUGAUAUCAGUAGCACAAGUGAUAGCAUUAGCAGUGAUAGCAUUAUUUCCAGCACCAGUGAUAGCAGCAGUGGAGGUGGUAACAGUGGUGGAUACAGCAGCAGUAGCUCUAGUGGUGGAGACACUGGCUACAGCAGCAGCGUUAUUGACAGUGGAGAUAGCAGCAGCAGAGAAAGCAGUGAAGAGAGCAGCAAUAGCAGAGGCAGCAGCAGCUUAAACCAUAAAGACGGCAUUGGAGACACCACCACCAGUCGCUACAGCAGUGUGGACAGCAGCACCGUUGGCAAAAGCAGCAGUGGAGACGUGACCACAAGCUACAGCAGUGGGAACAGCGGCAGUGGCCGUGCAUCCUGGACUCCAACCCAAACUUUCCUGCCAUGGUGGGAGCCUCAUCCUACUGUCGCCUUUGACUCCCGUGUCUCCCAUCGUAUGCUCACCCCAUCCAGCCCAGAGCCUCCAAUCACCUCCAGUUCCUCCCAGCCUCCGUCAGUUGCCUCCAAUCACUCUCAGCCACCUCCAUUCACCACCCUGUCAAGUAACCUGAUUGGCAAUAGCAAAGCAUCAUUGAGAGGCCGCAUGGUGCCAGGUCCUCUGCUCGUGCUCCCUCUCUGCCUGCUCGUGGUGGUGGUGCUGGCUGUAGUGGUGGUGGUGGUCACGCGGCGUGGAUUUUUCCAGCGACACCGCUACCAUCGCUUCUUCCUCAUUCCAAGAACAGCACGGAACCAGCAGCACAGAGAAGCGCAGGACUCGUCCGUGGAGGAUAUCCCCUUUGUUCACCUGUCUCCGUCCACCACCGUCUAAACAUAAUUUCUGCCUUGAAGGCUAGCUGCAUUCUCAACUCCUACACAGUGAGAGCCAUCCUCACACACCAGACCAACAGCAAACAAAUUAAUGACAAAGUUGAGGGCCAUAUUUAGGCCGACUGUCUUAAAUGAAUAUCUACACACCGACUUUGGUGUGCGAGGAGUUUGGAAGAUAAGUUGACGAGUUAUUUCAGGUUAAUGUCUAAUUUAAGUUUGAAUUGUUUGUCUGAACGUUAUUGAGAAUGCUGAAUAAAUUAAGUGCAUGAUGUUGGGUGUUUUGGGUGAGUUUUUGUUCAAUCUGGCAUGAAUAUUCCUCAUUGCAUAGACAAUUUAAUUAAGAAAAAAAGUUAGUUUACAUUUUCUAGUAAUGUUAAAUGUAAUUGGCAAAAUGACACUCGUAAACUCGAGGAAUGGCAUUUCAUGUCAAUAUCGAGGGCCCAUUUUGUCAAUGUUGCUUGUAAGAUAAGUGUAGAUAAGACUUGAACUAUUCUAAAACUAUUUAUUUUUAAUCACAACAAUAAUAACUUUCAACAUCACUGCCCAGAACCAUCGUCACUACCAUCAACUAUUCCACAUUCGCCACCAUCACCACCAAACUAUUUGAUGCAUGCAUGACGAGCAUAACGUGAUUUUUAUUUCUAUUCAUAACAUACCCUCAAACAGUAUUUAAUGCUAAUGUUCUUAUAAUUUGCUUUGUCUACAUUUAACACAUCUUAUUUAAUGUAUUAAUACAUUUUACCUAAUCAGUAUUGGACGUGGAUUUGUUAGCACCGAAAUAGGCUCUGGUGGUAAGGGGGUAAAUUAAAUAUGUAGCUUGCAAUGCAGUGGGCUGUGGCCAUUUGUAUAAAGGGUCAACGCGGUGAAAAUACUAAAGGUUAUGGA